GACAGCGCUCCCUUUAAGGGUUGCUAAGGACGCGCGGGCUUCAGUCCGGAAGUGAGCGGCAGGCCUCGCGAACUCCCGCCCCAUCCUACAAGCUGCGAGGCUGGCGCGAUGGACGAUGAGCUGCGCAGGGCGGGAGGAGCGGUGAAGAUGGGCCGACGAGCUCAGCAAGAUUCCUACUUAGAAGAAAAUAAUCUCAGCCAGACCUACGCUUCUACUGUAGAGGGUCCUCCAUCCAUACCUGCUCGCCGGCAAGGAGGAUGGGCAAGUGAUGCUGCUGUGAGUGCUUCCAAAUCAGGAAAGAAACACGCAGAGCAAGAAGUUGAAGAUCACCGCCUGAGGCAGCAGAGCUUGGAGGCUUCUGAUGAUGGAGAAGAUAUUCCAGUGAUCCCUGACUUGGAAGAAGUUCAAGAGGAAGAACUGGCCAUGCAGGUGGCAGCUCCACCCAGUAUUCAAGUGAAUAGAGUGCUUACCUACCGUGACCUGGACAAUGACCUCAUGAAAUAUGCUGCUUUCCAAACCUUGGAUGGAGAUAUUGACCUAAAGCUCCUUACUAAAGUUUUGGCUCCCGAGCAGGAAGUGCGAGAGGAUGAUGUCAGCUGGGACUGGGAUCAUCUCUACACGGAGGUGUCAUCUGAGCUUCUGAGCGAGUGGGACACGGGACAGACUGAUAGGGAGGAGGCUCUCACUCCCACUUAGGUUUCCCUAGAGGGUUGCACAACUGCCAACACAAAGGCACAACUAUAGAUUAUAAGCACAUUAAAAAAAUAUAUGCUUUGUGUCUGAGAUAUUAUUUUGGUCCACAUAAUAAAGGGAAGCAUUGGUUUCCUCAGAAGACUGGUUUCAUAGACCCUGUCAAGGGAUUUUGUGCUUGAUGCAUUUUUCUCUAUUUUUUAGUGCACACAAUAGAUUACAUAUGAAAUAAAGUAUGUGCAGGGAAGUGUAGGCCAUGUACAGAUUGUGGACAGUCUAUAUCAGAGGAAGCCAGAAUGUGGGUGCAACAAAAGUUACACCAUAUGGCAUAGUCCUUCUCAGUUUUGGUUAUUCACUGAGACCAAAAAUCAAUAUUAGAAGAUUUUUUUUAUGUUAUGACCCCCAUUGUUAUUAUGAACCCCAGCUGCUCAUGAAUGAUCCAGUCCUCUGCCUGCGCUACCGUGUGUCUUCAUGGGAUACACGCCCUACAUACACACAUCUGUUUACAUGAAACCUACUUUUCGGUUUUGCUCAAAAUCACACUAGGAUAGCUGAAGCAUAAGGAAGAAACCCUUCCUCGGCUGCCUUCCACUCUUAGGAGCUCCUGGCUUAGUUUUAGUUUAGAUGGCUGUACCCAAUCUAGGCAGAGGCCAGCACAAGUGACAAUCAAGGAAUCUGACAAAGUGAUCUAACAAAACUUUCAGAAAAAGUUCCUGAACAGGGUAAAUUGGAGGGAGUUUUAUUGAGGAUAAUAAUUAGCACACUCAGGCAUCACAACAUCAAACAUGCAGUAAUGGUAUACAUGCAUGUUAUAGUUCUCUGCCCAUGAUAAAAUGCAAAUAUUCCAAACACACACACACACACACACACACUGUGUAACAUAUAUCACACAGAAGUGGAGGUUAAAAGCCAAUGAAAUAAAACAAGAGGGUGAAGCAGGGGUUUACAUCUACCUAUCCAAGCAGAUUCCAGUCACAGAAUGAGUUCUAGGUGGGGGCAGGGGGAUCCUCAAGUGAUUCCUAUUGCAUUGUUCAUUGACUGUCCUGUCAGUGGUAUUGACCCACUCUGUAUCCAAGUGGGAAAGGUGGACUACAAAUAACGUGAAUAAAAUUGUUCGUUUUUGUUUUUGUGAAAGA